GUGCUCCUUCACCACAGCGUAGUGGAAGAAGGUCACUUUCCCGUUGAUGACCCCGAGUAUGGACGGGGUGCGGUGAGCUCCGAGGCCUCCAGCUCCAGCACAACCUCUUUCCAGACCGGCUCAAUGUGGAUGCAGCUGAAGCACCAGUCAGAGGUGAUUUUGAUCAGUGAGUGUGAAGGGGAGACCAGAGACGCCAAAAGCAUUGUGGGAGUUGCAGUCUUUUACAAUCCACCAAUCACGAGGAAGUGUGAUUUAAACAAGGAAGUAGUUGGUGAAAAAGAAAACAAGAGAAGAGUGGGGGUGUGAUCACACGGAGCUGGUAAAAUAUAUAUAUAUUUAUCCCCACUGCUUGUCAUAAUAGUUUGUGUAUUCUAUUUAUUUCCAUUUCUGACAACUGUAUAAACAUUUUUUAUUAGUUUGAAACUCAGGACUUCUGUGUAGCCCUCUGUGGUUGACGUCGUUUCAAUAACAUGUAAUUUUUUAGAUGGUUAUGGCUAGGCAGGUACAUUUCCACAGUUUUUCGCGAGUCAGCCAGUUCAAAUAUUGGGUCUGCCGUGGGAAAAAUAAGCGGAAAGUGAGUUUGCAGUAUCGAAAUCCAAUAUCACAGCUGCUGCAUGGGUCCCCCGCCGUCUGCGCUAACCUCUCCACUCCAACCUGUAAUCAUUGCAGAUCUCCUGUUCCAUGCUUCAUAAAGCCUAAGCCUACACAAUGGAGGAAAGACACAAAAGGAUUCUCCAACGCAAUAGGGUCAAUCUCGUGAGAGACCUGGACCCAUCAGAUAUGUAUGAUGGACUUCUGUCAAAAGGAAUAUUUACUCAAGACAUGAUCGACGAGAUAAAGAGCUCAGGGAUCAGACGAGACCAGGCCAGACAGUUGGUUCGAGACCUGGAGACCCGCGGGAGUCAGGCGUUCCCAGCUUUAAUAGAUUGCCUUCAUGAGACAGGGCAGCAUAGCUUAGCAGAGCUCCUACUGGAUGGAGAACCACAGAACCAGCCUCUACCUCAGCCUGUCCAUGUCCGGCCAGUCGUUAGGCCUUUGCCAGUUUACUCCCCUAUGGACACUGACAAGCCUGUUCACGUGGUAACCCCUGUUUAUCCAACUCAAUCAGUGAAGCCUAUGCCCACCACUCCUAGUCCAUCCCCUGAAAGGGAGUUUGGAAAACCCAGGGCAACAGGAAGAGUUAGACGUGACAGUAUUCAGAGUUAUAAGAUGGAUGCCAACCCCUGUGGACACUGCCUGAUCAUAAACAAUGUCGAUUUUGAGCCUAAGUCGGAGCUGAGUAACCGCACAGGGUCCAACAUAGACUGUGACAAACUGGAAAGAAGAUUCAGAUCUCUGAACUUUAUUGUUCUUGUCAAGAGAAACCUGAAACAAAAGCAAAUAAGACAGGAGCUAUUGGCUUUGUCCAAGGUGGAUCAUUCACAGUAUGACUGCUGUGUGGUGAUCAUGUUAUCACAUGGAACAGAGGUGGGUCACAAUCGCUUCCCUGGUGCAGUGCAUGGAGUGGACGGGCCCAAUGUCCCAGUUCAGCACAUUACCAACUACCUGAACGGUCAGAACUGCCCUUCCCUACAGGGCAAGCCCAAGAUCUUCUUCAUCCAGGCCUGUGGGGGAGGUGAGAGAGACACGGGCUUUGAGGUGUCUCCUGACGAGGCGAGGACUUGUAUUGGAGGAACAGGUGACCAGACAGACGCCAUGCCUAUGUCCUCCAGCAGUGACUCUCUGAGCACUCAGUCUGAUGAGCCAGACGCUAGGGCCACACUGCCCACACCCAGCGACAUACUGGUGUCCUACUCCACGUUCCCAGGUUACGUCUCCUGGAGAGAUACCCAGGCUGGCUCCUGGUAUGUAGAGACACUGGAUAACAUCUUAGAAGAGAAUGCUGCCACUGAUGACCUGGUCACCAUGUUAAUGAUAGUAAACCAUGAAGUUUCACAGAACUCAGCCAAAGGCCUCUACAAACAGAUGCCUGGUUCCUUUAACUUUCUACGCAAACUUCUCUACUUCCAAGCCCCGCCCUGCCAGAGACCAAUCCAGUCAUGACAUCACAGAGUUUCACUCUCAGGAAAUAUUUGUCUCUUCGUGUGCCCUUAUAAAACAAUUUGAGUUUUCUCUAUCAAUGUUUAUUUGGUUAUGUGAUCAAGAGGACCAAGAUUGUAAUUUUGUGUUUUAUUAUUUUCUAAUUUUCUUUAUUUUCUUGUUUUUAUGCGCACCAUUUUUGAGCUUCCAAAUUGCAAAAUCAUUGUGACAAUCAAAAAAAUGGCAGCAAAAAAAACGAUGGUUUACCUUGAGAAGCUCUGCGAAAUAUCAAUCAGGACUGUUGAUGGCCUUACUAUUAGCCAGAAAAUCAAUUGCAUAUAAUAUGUAAUUUCCAUGAGUAAAUUCGUUAUUCGGAAUUCUGAAUAUUUAGUGAAUGGCUAUUAAUGUUCAGUACUUUAGAAUAACGAUUUGAUGUCCAAAUUGAA